AUGUCCGGUAGCAAUGUCGAACACGUUUCUGCCUUUGUUGAUGGCAACCCUCCCCCAUUUCGGCGUCUAUCUUCAUCCAGCACCAACGACGACUGCUUUUACGACGCUCUUUCCAAUGGCUCUCACGACCCCUCGUUGACUCUUCCGUCCUCUCCUCCGAUUUCGUCCCGCCCAGGUUCCCCAUAUACUACCCAGUCGGGUUUCUCAAAUCCACAACCCCUCACCUUACCCACCGCUGUUACGCCGGCUGUUACGCCGAACGGUUAUACCAACGGUUACUACCAACGGUCCUCUCCCGAUCCUGACGACUACUACCGACCACAUCAGCCCACUUCGUUUCCGGAGAUUGACUCCGGUCCUGGCCCUGAGCGGGCUUCGUUAUCGGGAACCACAACAAACUUUGCUGCGGAAACACGCCCUGUACAUACUUGCCAACGUGUGUCCUCGGUACCGGCACAUUUGCCAGAAGCGUCGGAAGUGAUUCUAGGGCCCUAUCGUUCAGUCUCCGACACGUCCACCCGGACAGAGCCCGGAUUCGCAAGUGCAGCCCCAGCACAAACAUCGAACGUGCGCUCGAGACAAACGUCAUUCAAAGACCUGAUCAACAAAUUCAACACCAACGUCGACCAAGUCCUCCCUCGGCCAUCUGCCUCCCACGAACAAGCGGGGGCCCCCAGCCCAGUAGACGUUCCUCCUAUACGCUCCAGAGCGUCGUCCCGCAGACGAGACACCUCUAGUUCGGCAUCACAUAGACAGUCGUCAGUCUCCAGGUGGAACUCUGCGAGACUUCCGGCGCAGGACUCUCCAUCGCACUUUGCUCCGCCGGUGUUUCAAACAGCAGACUUGAAUCCUAAAUUGCGCAAAGAUCUGACCCCGUCGAAUUCGGCUCCGCGGCGCCGUCUGUUCGGCGAGUUGCUCAGGGUUGAUACCGGUCUUCAUGUAUCGGGAUAUGGAAUCCCAUCACACCUGCGACGUCGAGGUUCUGAAGGAAGCAUCCCAAGUCCGAACCCUGCGUUUUUAGACCAUCUGGACCCGUCAUCGCACCCGACUCCGUUGACGCCCACGGCUUGGUACCUCGGCCGUACUCCCUUUCUGGAAGCAGUGAGCACGGGUGAGAACCUAAAUCAUCACCGAAGAACGAGGAGCGAUAUCCCUGGCAAUUCGCCCGUGGGUGCUGACACGCACCCUUCCGAUUCCCACAUGGCGGUGUCUAGCCCCUUGCAGCUGGGUUCGCAAACGUACUUGGAAAGCCCGCAUUCCAAGUCUCGCAUUCCUAUCGCUUCCCGCCGCCUUAAUUCCCCUUCCGCUUCGGAAGAUUCUUCCCCUUCUCCCAAAGCUGAAUCGCCCUUUGCUCGUUUUUACACCCAAACUCCUCUGCCGCCGAAAGGUCUCAGCCGUCUCCCCAAGCCAUCCCCUAAAUCUCCACGAGACGUGGUCGGCCAUGGCCAGUCCGCAUUUUUACCCACUUCUCCUAAUUCUACUCCGGCCACUUCGACAGCACCCCGUGGACGGCGAGAAAUGAGCUAUGGUCGCCCCCACAACAAGCUUGCGGACAAGAGCCAUCUUCUGGAGGCAUACAUCGCUGCACCUCCGCCGAAAAAAUCCCCCCCUCUUCGCAGCUCCCGACCCCGUCAACCAGUUUCGCACACUACUUCACCAUCAUCCCGAUCCAGGGUCGGAGAGACGGUUUCGAACUUUCAGAGACAGAUCAACCGUGAUCGUGAACCCAGAAGCUCUAGACUGCGAGACCGGCGGCUGCCAGAGUUGGGUAACGUGGAUUUUGCAACCCGACGCCAGAAAAUCCAACAGGCCUUUAAUCGCACAGUCAAAGAAAAUGAAAGAAAACAAGAACAUGCAGCAGAGCUUCGACGUCGUGAAGCCGAAGCGCUUGCGAAUCAGCGUGAAAAGAGCCCAUCACCUGAACCGGAGAUGCUUGAGCAUCAGCCAGUUCAAGACCAGUUACCCCCCCAAGCAGAUGAUACAGCUACUGUUAUUGAAGAGUCUGCGGAUAUCUGUGAGGAUGAAACGCCUACCAACGAGGGGAUUUACGGCCCCCCGCAGCUCCAUCUGGAUACCCAAAAUCUUACUGACACCACUGGAGCAUCCCAUCCGAUAACGAUGGAUUCGCCUACUCUAGGACGGCCAAAUAUUGUAGUGCAGGAAGAAGAAUUUGGGUUGAAGUCCUCCGAUACACCACCCGCCUCAACUGUGACUUCCUGUUCCAAUGAGUCGCCUGUGACUACGUUCGAUCCAGAACCGCAGCUUGAAAUUUCCCGUCAGGAUUUGCAUACUUCUCACCGGACUUUGCUAAGUGAGAUAAUGCGCAUUCGUGAAUCCAGCCCGAGCAGCUCUUCGUGUGAUGAGCAAGAGUAUAGCUUCUCCGACAACGACGAUAAAGAAACAAUUCCGAUUGUUUUGCGAGAUAAGCUAGGAUACGACGAUUUGAUGCACAGCACUGUCCGUCCGGGCCCGCAGGAUCUCUACAGAGAGCUAAAUCAAACCAAUGGCGAUUUAUCGAACAGGUGGAGUAUGAGUUCUUGGUCAUCGUCUCUUCGCAACCAACACUCGCUCGAUGGUCAAUGCCAAGGUAGCGGAGAUGAUCUCUCUCAGUUGCGCCGAACUCCUGAUGACAGUGAGCUGGUGACUCACUCGUGCUCUGCAUCGUCUAGCUCGCCAUCUAUCACCAAUAACCACAUAUCGAACCCCAUACCAGGCGAGUGUGCCGUGGAUUCCGAGCCGAAAGCGGAGGAUGGAACCCAGCGGAAAGCCUAUGGGCAUUCGAAGACUCCCAGUCUGGCAAAACUGGGCGGUUGGGACACGAAACGCGUCACCCAGCUUUAUAUGGAAGAACUGGCUCGUGGCAGGGAUUAUAGCCUUCCAAUACAGGACAUUCGCGCAUCUCCAGAACCACGGCCACCCCGUUCUGAUAUCGACCUCAGAGCAGAUGGAAGGACUGACAGCCUGACUGAUGACCCCGUCUUCGUAUCCAAGAUUGAUGACUUUGCCAUGUCAGACCGGCUUGCUCACACGGCCAGCUUAGUUCUGCAGGAUGACUGGAAACACGCGUCCCCCUCGAUCAUGGACUGGAUGCAAGUUGCAGCGGAGGACCCAUCGGGACAGUUGGAUGCGCAGUGUGAGGACGGCCCGCAAAAUGACGGAGCGCCGACGCCAAGGUUACUUACCACUAGUCCUCAAGUGCCCUACCCUGAAGGUGUUAACGAAGGCCUGGGUCUGGCCAUCAAUAUUCAAUCGCCUAGGGACUCUGAAUCUCAAGAACCUGGUGUGCUUCUCCUUCCACCGCACGAACGCCUGUCUCUACCGGGGGAUAUGCAAGAAGAAGAUAGCGACAUGGUCCAGGAAUCAAUAGAGCCCAUUCCCGGUGCACACGGUCUUCAACCGCUUGGGAAUCCUUUCACCGCUGCCACAUUUGCACCUCUCAAGACUGUUCCUAGCAUUGGCAGCAGCGAAGAUUCCCUCAGACGUCUUGGGCCAUCGCCAUCUCUCCGGGCAGUAGACUCCUCUGCAACUUCGCUCGUGCCUUCGAGCCUGGAGCAGCCACGUACAACCACCUCCUCUCCAUCUCCGGAUCAGCGGCGUCUUAAGAAACGACGACAUGUGAUCAAGGAACUCGUUGAUACGGAGUAUACCUUUGGCAGAGAUAUGAAAGUGGUAGACGAUAUCUACAAAGGAACCUCGAGCUCAUGCUUGGACCUCUCUCCUGAGGAUGUCAAGGUGCUUUUCGCCAAUUCCGACCAAGUUGUGCAAUUCUCAAUGGCUUUCCAAGACGUACUAAAGGACGCUGCCAAGAGCGUAUAUGUUAUGCCCAAGUCACAAAGGUGGAGCAGCAAACGAAACAGACAGAACCUACACCCCCCGCAAAAUGACCCGGAAUCUCCAGACGGAGGUCUGACAGCAUCGGAAAAGGACAAUGCGACCUUCAUUGGAGAGGCUUUUCUGACCCACAUGGCCUAUAUGGAAAAGGUUUAUGCUGAAUAUUUGAAAAACCACGAUGCGGCCAAUAAAAAGCUGCAGGCUUUGCAGCGGAGUCCAAAAGUGGCUAUUUGGCUGAAAGAGUGUAGGGACUGGGCGUCAGAUUUGACAACUGCCUGGGACUUGGAUUCUCUGCUCGUCAAGCCGGUGCAACGGAUUUUGAAGUACCCUUUGCUACUCUCCGAACUUUUGGAUUCGACACCGGGUGACCACCCGGACCACGGCUCCCUUGCGAAGGCUCUAGAAGAGGUCACUAAUAUUUCUGUCCGUAUUAACGAGAUGAAGCGGCGGGCAGAUUUAGUGGGACAGGUCGUUGGCAGAAAGAGGAAAGACUCCGAUGUCAGAACAGGCUUGUCCAAGGCUUUUGGUCGUCGCACAGAAAAAUUAAGGCAGCAAGUCGGAAUGUCUGACAUGGUUGCUGACAAGGAAUAUGAUGCCUUGUCCCAACGAUUUAGCGACAACUUUUGCCAGCUGCAGGUCGUCAUGCGUGACGCCGACAUGUAUACUCGGGAGACUCAAGGCUCGAUGGAUCGUUUCCUCGAAUUCGUCAACGCAAUCGAAGCCUUCAUCGAUGUUGCUCAAUCCAACUAUCCUGAACUGGAAGGAAAGUGGCGGGUCUUUAAGAUAUCUGUGGAGGAUAUUAUGGCAGCGACUCUACCCGAGCAUCUUGAUGUGGUAAGGAAGAGUGUGAUUAACCCAAUGAUUACAUUGAUUAAACUAUACGACGGUCCGCAACGAGUGAUGAAGAAGCGGGAUAAACGCUUGAUGGACUAUGCUCGCUUCAAAAGUAUCAAGGAGAAGGGUGAUAAACCGGACAAGAAGACCGCUGAGCAAGGGGAACAAUUCGUGGCUCUUAACGAGACCCUCAAGGAUGAGCUUCCCAAGCUUUAUUCGCUGACAGCUAAAUUGAUGGAGGCGUGCCUAAAGAACUUCGUCCAAAUUCAGACCACUUGGUACAGUCUCUUGCAAAGAAAACUCGGACCCUUGAUCGACUCCUUUCCCGAGGAUGUGCAGAAAAUUAUGGAUGACUGGACCUCACGCUUUAAUUUCUCCGAGGCACAGGUGUUAACCCUUGGGAUCUGCAACGGGUCAUUGCUUGCAGAUACGGUUAACCUGGUCAAUUUCAAUACCCCUUCAACCGGGGUAGGUGUCAGCUCUCCUCGUCGGCCCUCGACUGUACACAGUUCUAGCACUCGCGCCGUGGAGGAUUCUCCUAAAAUCUCCCAUGAUUUUAGCAUUAGCAACCAAUCUUUCCAGUCCCCAAGUUUUGAUAGUCAAUCGCACAUAUCUCUCGGACGCAACCGUGCCGAUUCGACUUUGUCUGGUCGUCCUGCACCUGACACACCAGAGCUGCCUAGAAGUCAAAUCCUACAACAGAUCACCGGUGCCUCGUCGGGGUCCAUUGCUCCAUCCCACUCCCUUCCGGAAUCGUUCCCCAGGCUUCCUAGAUUGAGCCUCGACUCUCCAUUCCUAGCGGAUGUUAUUCGUUCAUCGACUAAUGGCGGUACGGGAGAUGAGGAGAACCCAAGCUCUCCUAGUGGUCGGUAUUCGGGAUUCUUUUCUUCGGCAAUGCCCAUGUCCGAUAGCCCGCCGGAAAACGCACCCGCAGCAAAUAGCGCCACAAAAGAACCCGCCGUCCUGUUCCUGGCAGCAAGCAUUUAUGAGUUUAAUAUAGAUCGUGCCCGCCGCGAGGCUGGAUACCCCUAUCUGACCUACGUUGCUGGUGAGAUCUUCGAUGUCAUCGCCGAGAAAGGGGAGCUUUGGCUUGCCCGGAAUCAAGAUGACCCGACUCACCAGGUUGGAAGAAAAGCAAGCUCCAUCAUCGCCUUUUCUCUCUCGAUCGUGCACCUUUCCCAUCGAAUCAUCUCCGCGUGGUCCUCGAGACUACAGGAGAUCGUUUCAGCAAGCCCGAGUUCUCUUCGUUCCGAGAGCUCGCCCACUCACGGAACUCCACGGAGCCAAGCGGACAAAUCCAACUCUCAAGACGAAGGACUAGUGGACAAGAUGCGGGAUAGUGGGUUAGGCCGGCUGCAUAAGCGGAUGAGGCGGUUUGGAGAUACUCUCAACCCGGAUGAUGCAUAUCUUAGCUUGACUCGAGGGGACUUGCAGUCUCUCAAGGAUGACUGGCUUACGGACAAUGUUAUCUCUUUCUGGGAGGAGUAUUUGGAACGUGAGUUCCUUGCUCAGUACAAAACGUCCAAUAUCGUCCUCCUUCGGCCGAGCAUGUCCUUUAUGAUCUUCCAGAACCCUAACCCUCCAUCCUUGCGCGAGGUACUGCCGGAUUUCACACUCACAACGCAUGUCUUCCUUCCGAUCAAUGACUGUCGGAAUGUUACGGAGGCCGAGGGCGGUACGCAUUGGUCUCUCUUACUCAUAUCGAUAGUAGACGGAAUCGCUUUCCACUAUGAUUCCCUGCCUCCUGGAAACUAUUGGGAAGCGCAAACGGUCACCAAGAAGUUCUCGCAUCUGCUAGGUCGCCCAAUUCGGUACCUCCACCUGGAGGACUCUCCCGUGCAAGAAAAUGGCAGCGACUGUGGUGUCUUUGUCUGCCUAAGCAUGCGACACCUACUGCUGAAGCGAUUACUUACCGCGAACUCGAACGAGAAGGUGAGCAUGAGUUUAGGGGGAAGGAAAGUAGAUGCGCGCUCGGGUAGAAAGGAGAUUGCCAAAAUUAUCGAGGGAUUCCGAAAGGAAGGCGAGAGGCGAAGAUCGCUUUUCGCACUCAGGAAUGGGUACUAA